AUGGGCAAGAUUUCUUCUGAGAAGAAGGUUUUUUCUGAAUAUCCAUCAAAUCUUAAGGUUCUAGCCAUUGAUACUGACCCUAUAGUUCUUGAGUUCAUCAAGAAAGUGUGUAAUGAAUACUGUUAUGAAGUUAUCACAUGCACAGAAUCGCUAUCUGCCGCUAUAAUUUUGCAGGAAAAGAAGUCCACCAUUGAUUUGAUUCUAAUGGAAGUUCAUAUGCCACAUAUGGAUGGCUAUGAAUUCUUGCUUACCACCCAAGAAAUCAAUGUUCCUAAACUCAUGAUGUCUUUCGAUGAUAGUAAGAAAUCUGUGAUGAAGACUAUCAAACUUGGAGCUUGUGAUUAUAUGAUUAAGCCUUUGCAUGAGGAUCGGCUGAGAAACAUGUGGACACAUGUUGUUAGAAAAUCCAUGAAUGAGGAUAAGAUGAGAAAAAAUAUCCGUAAUAGCUUAGAAGAUGAUAAUCAGAAUUCUAGAUUUGUGUUUUCUUCUAGCGAUGAAAUUUCAAGAGAAGUUGGUAAUGCUGGUCAAUCAAAGAAGCCUCGUGUAGUGUGGACAACAGAUCUGCAUGGGAAAUUUGUCAAAGCUGUGAAUCAACUUGGACUUGAAAAUGCUGUGCCAAACAAGAUUCAGCAACUCAUGAAUACGCCUCAUUUGACAAGAAAUCAUGUUGCAAGCCAUUUGCAGAAAUAUAGAAAUGUUUUGAAGGAAAAAGCUAGGAGAGAGAAAGAGAGACAACCAGAACCAAAAAGAGAGCAGCAAUCUGUCCCAGAUAUACAAAUGGAUAAUCAUCAUGCAGAAGAAGCUUUUGGUUUUGCACUCAGUGAUCCAGUUGCUAUUUAUCCAACCAUUGCUAUUCCUCAGAAUUUUCCACAGACUCUAGAUUCUGAAUGUGGAGUAUGGUCUCCAUAUAAUGCAAUCUUAGCAGAAAAUGAGGCUAUGCUUCAGAGAAACACUGUGUCAUUGGAUUCAUUGCAGCAGCAGCAGCAGCAGCAGCAUCAGCAGAAGAACAUGCAGUCUUCAGUGUUGCAGCAGCUGCAGCAGAAGCUCCAGGAGCAGCUGCAGCAGCAGCUCCAGCAGCAGCUCCAGCAGCAGCAGCAGCAGCUCCAGCAGCAGCAGCAGCAGAACAUGCAGUCUUCAGUGAUGCAGAAUCAAGUUCCUUGGAUAAAUUUUCAACCAUCUUCUGUGAUAAUUUCUGAAAAUCCAUAUUUGGUGACCCAGAAUGAUAACUUUGGCAGAAACAUUGAUCAGAGAAGCAUUCAGUAA